AGCAGAACAGGAAGGGUUUACGUUUCAAAGUGCUGCUUUUACUGGUGUGGUGGGUUUUUAUUAUUAUUAUUUAUUUCACUUCACAACCUUCAUGUUUUGCUGUGGAUAUUUGAUUAACAAAAAUAAAGAAGCGAUGUGACAACAUGAGCUCCCAUUGCUCCUAAUGAAUGGCCUCAUCACACGGACUUCCGCGGGUGUCCCCUUCAGGUGCGACCAGCUGAUCAAAGGCAGCAAAAGGCAGCAAAGAGUGCGGCGGAGUUCUGGGAAGAAAAAAUCUACCUUUGAAAUCAGAGCAGAGCUGGAUAUCUGGAUGCUGUUCAUCCUCCGUUUUGUUUAGAACCAGUGGACGGCCAUGGUUCUGCGGGCGUCACCCUUUUCCAAUGGGUUUCUGGCCGCUAUCCACGCCUUGGGGUGGGCUUUGAUAGUGCCGGGCUUCUGGUACCUUGAUCGUGUUCUUGCCGUGUGCAAGUCUACCACAAAGGAGAGGAGAGAGCGACAGGGACAAGAAUGCUACCUUCACCCCCUGAAUGUCUUCCUCGGAUCCAUUUUCUUCCUCCUGUUUUUCCUCCUCACUGCCCCCUUGGCUUUCCUGGGUUUUCUGCUAUGGGCGCCGCUCCAGGCCUGCCGUCGCCCGUUCUCCUACCACAGAGCGGAGCCGACCUCAGCAGCGAGAGAAACAAACCGAGGCUUUGAACUAACAGGAAUGGCGUCAUUUACCUUUGCCUCAGCCAACCUGUGUCUGUUAACGGAUGGCUUGGCCCGCUUCAACAACCUGGGUCACACCCAGCAUAGGGCUUAUGAGAUUGGCAAACGUAUCUCUGAGAGUGUGGGGCGAGCCCAGGUGGUGAUCACAGUGGAAUCCCCAAGCAGCUGUGGCCCUCUCAGCCCCUCUGACAGCAUCAUACCCAGAGCAUGCUCAGAUGCAGAUGGAGAUACAGAGGGACAGCCUCAACCCGGAGGACAUCAUCAGUCAGAACCAGCAGAAAGCUCUGCUUCCUUUAACGGUGUAGAGGCCAAACUGACAGAACGCUCCUCUUCCCAAGCCAAUUCUAAUGAGAGCCCCAACAAACGGGGGCAGUCGGAUGAUGAGAGUCCUGCUGCUUUGAUCUCCAGGCGUCCUCGUCAGCAGGAUGAGGAACCCUGGGAGGUGUCGUCGCUCUUUCCAGCCAGCGUCGACAUACUGUGUCUGGAAGAGGUGUUUGAUAAGAGAGCUGCAAAAAAGCUCACCAGAAUGCUGAAACCACUGUAUGGACACAUCCUGUAUGACGUUGGGGUGUACGCCUGCCAGCCGCCCUGCAGGUGUUCUGCUUUCAAGUUCUUCAACAGUGGCCUGUUCUUGGCCAGUAGAUUCCCGGUGCUGGAGGCCGAGUACCACUGCUUUCCUAACAGCAAAGGAGAAGACGCCCUGGCGGCCAAGGGUCUGCUCUCUACUAAGAUGCUUAUUGGACAGAAUCAGAAAAAGAAGAAAGUGGUUGGCUAUUUCAACUGCACACAUCUUCAUGCACCAGAGGGUGAGGGAAAGAUUCGCUGUGACCAGCUGGACAUGGUCAACCAGUGGAUCAGGGCUUUUCAGGACGCCCACAGACAGCCUGAUGAGGAGGUGGUCUUUGACGUCCUCUGCGGGGAUUUCAACUUCGAUAACUGUUCACCAGAUGACGUGCUGGAACAGAAUCACAAACUGUUUGAGGAGUACAGAGAUCCAUGCAGAGCAGGACCUGGAAAGGAGAAGCCCUGGGUGAUUGGUACUCUGCUGGAGCAGCCCACUCUGUACGAGGAUGAUGUGAGCUCUCCAGAAAAGCUUCAAAGGACUUUGGAAACAGAAGAGAUGAGGAAGCAGUACAUCUCUCCUCCUGUUGCUCAAGAAGGAGUGCCUCUGGUUUACCCAGAGCCUGGCCAGCCAUGGAUCGGACGUCGCAUUGAUUACAUUCUCUACCGUGAAACCUCCAUUUCAAAGCUGUGCAGAACGGAACUUGAAGAGGUGACCUUCAUAACUCAGCUGGCUGGGCUUACUGAUCAUAUUCCUGUUGGCCUGAGGCUGAAAGUCAUAAUGGACUCCGAGUUUGAAGAUGAAUGAAUGCACAUUUCAUCUGGAGGCGAAUUGACACUAUUUUAUCUAAACUGUUUUACUCAAAUACUUGAAUUUGUACAUUAAGAAAAAAAUUACACUUGGUCAGUUUAUGCCUCAGGAAACAAUUUAUUUUUUAUCACUUUGUUGUGGUUUCACAUUUCAUGCAUGUUUUAUACAUUCAGAGCUGCUCACAGUUGUUUCUUUGAUUUUUUUUCAAACCUCUUUUUUUUUAUCAAAAAAGGAAGUUAAAAAGUUAAUUAAACAAUUUUCACUGUUAUAAUGUGAAAUAUCUGACUGUUAUACUCUAAAGUGAAUAAACUUUGCAUGGAUGAUCAUAAAUUUGUUAUCUCUCCUAAUCAAAUUGAUGCUUUUCAAAAUCUGUUUAUUUUGGGGUUGGUUUUCAUUAGGAAUGCCCCGAUGCGAAAAUCUGAGCUGAUAUCUGAUAUUAUUGCAGCUAUGUUGAUAACCAAUAUUUAGCAAUAUCAUAUAUUUCCCUGCCUCAGUUUACUACCCACCAUCCUGGGCUCUAUCAUGAUUAUUGUCACAUGAUCAAAUAAAUACCACAUGACCGAUCCCCACAAAACAAAAGCAAAAAAUACAUGGAGUUAAAUAUCAGUUGUCAAUAUUGACCCAGUUUUAUUGAUUGGACCAAUACCUAUAUACUUAAAACUGGCCAUCAUUGUCCACUACUGAUGUUAAUGCUGAUGCCUAGGUUUAUUAAAUCAGUCAGCAGUGGAUAGAUUAGUGUGAU